AUCGUUGAUAUUUGUACAAACAUGUCUCAUUGCUAGCAGCAGCAACAUCAAGAUAGGAACCGCUUGAGUUCAUAGAUACAGCACAAACAUAGGUGUUCUGCUUGAUUGCUUUGCAUUUUCCGCCUUUGCUUUCGACGUCUUUCAAGGUGUAGUGCAAACAUACAUUCUUUAAUCGUCGCUUUCGCUUUUGCUUCGGGACAAGCUUAAGAUCUGCCCUAUCGUUAGAAUGGCGCAACCAUCUCUAAUACAAAAAAAUAAAAUAAAAUUAGCUACGAGACGGAUUGCAUUCUUGAAGCUCACGUGCAUCUCGCUGGUACAUUAUUUAUUUAUCUGCACUUUUUACGACUUACGACGUAAUUAUUUCACAGGUUAAUACAUUACCGACAUCGUCAUCCCUCCUGCGCCUCAUCGGCACCGAGUAAGUUUUCCUUGUUUCCCCCUAUUCAGUUUUUCUUUGUUCUUGGCUCUUAUUCUUUUUUUUUUUAUUCCCUCCAGCUCUAACUGCCGAGAACCUCUCUGGCCUCAAACUGCUAUGCUGCGAUCCCCUUCUUUUAGCCGGCCAGCAGAAUACCUCUUUCGUGCCCGCGGACACCGAUAUGCCAUCAUUUACCAGGGGCUUUACCCGUCUGGUCUUCAGGUUCAUAUGAGAAAGUGUGCGCUCGAAAUCGGCUGUCCACUCCAGGCGCCUGACCGGCUCCAUUGCGAGCUCCCCGCCUCCUCCUGCGGCUUGCGCCACCCGGGACAUAAUUCCUCUCGCGCGAGGCUGUGGUCUUGGCCCUGGGCGACCUUUGGGUUAUCGUCACCCUUCGACCUGUCCAUCGACAACAAGGACUUUGACUUUGGCAACAAAGGGAGUGACUACGCGUUCCAGUCUUGUAUCUAAAUAGAUCUCGUUGUUGUUGGUUCAAAGAUAGAUACAAAUUUUUUCCACUUGUUUAUCUAUUUAUAUUAAGCUAAGUUUUGAUGAAUAAUACUAUUGAAUACUGA